AUGUCAAACAUUAAUCAAAAAGCUACACGCGAAGCAACCGAAACUAUCUUCAAAAUCUUACUCUAUAUGGGUCUACAGAAACCUCAGAAGUGGAAGCCUCUCUAUUAUUUCUAUUCAUUGUUAAUAAAUCUAAGUGUUUGUGUCCUUCUGCCUACAUCCUUCAUGUUGAGCUACUUUUUCGAAUACCAUAACAUGACCACGGUGCAAUUAUUAAAUUCACUUCAAGUGUCGGUGAAUGCGUGUUGUUUACCAGCCAAAGUUUUAACUAUGCAAAUUUCAUUAAAAUAUCUACAUCGGGGCAUGGAUAUUAUGGAUACUUUAGAUAAACGCUGUCAACGUCCGGAUGAAAAGAAAAAACUGAGUCAUUGUGCCAUCUUUGGCAAUCGUCUGUCAGUAUUUCAUGCAACCCUAUAUUGCUUUUUUGCGGCUGUUUCAGUGAUAACUUCGGUAAUAAUGGGUCAAGCACCGUAUUCCAUGUACAUUCCCAACACAGAUUGGAAAACUUCUACGAUGACCUUCGCACUACAAUCUUUCUUUGAAUAUGUGAUAAUGAAUGCGGUGUGUCUGCAUCAGGUUAUAGUGGAUUCUUAUAGUGUUGUCUAUAUCUAUGUUAUACGUACUCAUAUGCAGAUUUUGGUGGAACGUGUCAGGAGCUUAGGUACCGAUCCGAAAACUAGUAAUGAUAAGCAUUAUGAGGAGUUGUUGUUAUGUGUUAAGGAUCAUCAGGAAUUGUUAAGAUUAGUAGCAGUUAUCAGUCCCGUCAUUUCGAAAACCAUCUUUAUACAAUUUCUGGUUACCGCCGCCAUUUUGGGCAUUACUUUAAUUAAUAAUUUUAUUUUUGCCGACUUUUCUUCUCAAAUUUCUUGUUCACUUUAUUUUCUAGUGAUUAUGGUACAAAUAUCGCCCUGUUGCUAUCAAGCCACUUUUCUCCUAGCGGAUAGCGAACAGUUAUCGUUGGCCAUUUUCCACUGUGAAUGGAUUGAUAAAGAUGUACGUUUUCGUAAAAUGUUGAUAUUUUUUAUGAUGCGUUCUCAGAAUCCUAUAACUUUGAAGGCUAUGAAAUUAUUUCCUAUAACUUUGAGAACCAGUUUGGCGAUUGCGAAAUUUUCAUUUUCGUUGUAUACUGUGAUCAAGGAAAUGGAUUUUGGUAAAAACUUAAGGCAGUAG